AUGACGACCUACGAAGAUGCCAAGGACCAGUAUGUGGAAGUCAAAGGGAUCAAGUUCGCGUACCGGCGAUUCGGUGCUUCGACGGGGAUUCCAUUUGUUCUUCUGAUCCAUUUCAGAGGAACCAUGGACCACUGGGACCCAGCGUUCCUGAAUCCCAUCGCCUCGACAAGGCCUGUCCUCAUCAUGGACAACGCGGGCAUUGGCCGGUCCGGGGGCGAAGUCGCGAACGACUACAACGACUGGGCGCAACAUGCCAUUGAUGUCGUCUCUGCACUCGGCAUCGACCAAAUCGACCUUUUUGGAUUUUCGAUGGGCGGUAUCGCAGCUCAGAUGGUCACUCUCCGCGCUCCUCGGCUGGUGAGACGGUUGGUCCUCGCUGGGACGAUCCCGAGCAUGGGAAAAGGCGUGGUGCUGGCGGACACGGGCCCGUUUGAGCAGCUGAGAAGGGCGGUCACGCAGGAAGAGCAAAAGAAGGCCUUUCUGGAUACCUUCUUCGAAAAGUCCGAGAGCAGUCGCGCGGCGGGCCUUGAGUCGUGGGAGCGGAUUCAGUCGGGGCGGCAGAAGCGCGUGGACUACGUCAGUGUCGAGGGCGGCAACAGGCAGGCGGCGGCGUUUGCGAAGGCCAUGAAGCCAGCGCUUGCUAACCGUGGCUCAUAUGAUCGGUUCCACGAGAUCAAAAUCCCCGUGUUCAUCGCAAAUGGCAGCAAUGACGUCCUGUUACCGAGCGCCAACAGCUUUGUCAUGUGGGAGAAGGUCGUGAAUGGCGCACCUCAUUUGCACUUGUUCCCAGACUCGGGCCAUGGCUUCCUGUAUCAGCACGCCGAAACGCGCAGCACCACGCCACCGUCGCCUUCGCCUGACGGAUUCGACGACGGCAAGCGCCAACCCGAACCGCGAGGUCGCGCCACCGAGCCGGAAACCCCCAAGCCGUCCGGCUUCAUGGACCUCCCGCCCGAACUACGCAACGACAUCUACGAGCGGGUUCUCGUCCAUCCGCACCCCGUUAUUCUUCGUCAUGACAGGCGCCACGGAAGGCACGUUGUCCGACCAAAGGGAAGGUUCUGCUACUUUUGGUUUCUUCCCGCCGGGGUCCAUUACAAACCCUUCGCUCCCACGACAAACUUGCUGCUCGUCGACAAAAGAAUACAUGAUGAAGCUGGAUCAAUCUUCUAUAAACAAAAUAGACUUGUCCUCGAUGGCUGCCACGCCUUGUGGCACUUCCUGGACCCACUCAGCCAGAAGACAAAGGGCUUGAUCAAAGAACUUGCACUGAACCGCUUCAAGUCUGGAAACUUCGCCGCUGGAUGCGCUUUUCCAGCCUUUCAAUCACUCGCUGCUCUCGAGAACCUGCAGUGUCUCCAGGUCAUGUUCUUGUCUCAUAACAGAAACUUCACUGGCACUGCCGCUCAAAGCUCCGCUCUCUACAGGGAGAUUUAUGGCUGGCUCGAAGCAGUGGGGGACGCGAAAGGAGACAAGUAUGCCGCUGUGGAUAUCCUCUGCGUAAACAAAUGGUUCCGCAUUGACCUCUGGCCCAAUUGGCCACUCUGGACCACAGCCGAGCUUGACAGAAAAAACAACGCGCUUCGUACCAACUUGAGGAACCUGAUGCCGUAA